AUGCCGGGUUCUGCUGCCCACAAAAUAAAGAAUGCCUGCACUAAAGUAGUAAAAGUGUUAUUUUUGUAUUGGCUCGUUUUUGUGAAGAAGCAGAAGGUUCAAAACAUGGUACACUCGCUAGGGAUGACAAGGAAAAAAAAUUGUAUGCAGAUCGGGUAUCCGCCCGGUGGUGGGAAUUACAUUUCCCCAUGUGCAUCGUCAAAUUUUUCUUCACACCGAAGGGUGCCCUUUAAUUGUCUUUAUCGGGACUGCUCCAAAGCGAAGGCGCACAAUCCAUUCGGAGGCCUCAUCUCAGGCCAUCCAGUUAAGAAGCUAAAAAAAAUAAUGCGGGGAAAGGACCCCAAAUCCGUCUCACGUAAUUUUUAUAUUUAUAAUUUUCAGUGUCGGGAACAAUCAGUGGGAAAAAUAUGCCCCCUAUGGACAAAGACAAAAUGGAAAAGCGCAAGUUGCAUGAACAGGUUAGGCAAAAUUCACAUGGUUGGGGAGAAUGACGAGGAGAUGUUUAACCGGAUAAACAACAAUGUGAUGAGGAGGUCAUUAGGAGAGGAGGGCCGCAUGUACGACAGCGUGUAUGGAAGCAUGUAUGGCAGCAAUGACAAUGUGUUCGGAGAAAAGUACGAAAGAAAUGGCCUCCUCGAAAUUGUAAAUAACCAGACGGAAGUACCCAUUGAUCUGGCCCAUUUCGAAAAAGAAGUGAGGAAACUUAUACAUAUAAUGCGAUUUGAAGAUUUUCAGCUGAAUAUAUCGUUUGUGAGUUUAAAGGAGAUGAAUGAGGUAAACAGCACGCACAGAGGAAAGAAUGAACCCACGGAUGUCAUAUCUCUUUUGCACUACGUAGAAAAUGGGGAGGGCGCUUCUCCUAAUUGUGAGUCAGCAGGUGCAGAUAUACCUGGUGGGAGUUGUUUGAGGUCUGGUGAUAUUUAUUUGUGCCCUGCGUAUAUAAACAAGGAGUGUGUAGUUGCCCGGGUUAAGUACGAGAAGGGGUUGUUGGGGGAUGGAAGUAGUGGUAGUGCGUCUACACUGGACAACCACGACGAGAAGGAGAGCGCCCAGGAGGAGCUGACCCCCCGAGGUGUGAACAAAUUGUUUAGAACCCUUUUCUGCGUCCAGCAGCGGUUACCAUUGUACGUUCUGCACGGAUUAAUACACUUAACAAACAAGGAUCAUGUAAAUAAUGUGAAGGAGUACAAUGAAUUUAUGCACAUAGAGGAAGACAUGCUCGGCAAGUAUCUUAAAUUUCAUGGUUAUACGAACACAUUUUAUGCCCACUAUGUUAUUGGGCUGGGAACGGAUAUUCUGAAUGUGAAUAGGAUUUACAAAAUUUUGGCCAAAAAAAGUGGAGCGUCUUUCUUGCGGAAGGUUUUGAGUUCGCUUGAGUUACGGGAGUUGGCUCAGGGGCGCCUGGGCAAUGACCAGUUGGGUAGCGGUGAUAAGGAACGGGAUGACGGAGAUAAUGAAGGGGAUCGCGGUUGGGAUGGGCGUAAGCACUCCGAGCAGAACCUUACGCACACGCUCACCACAAAUUGCGCACUGAAGCUGGCCAUCCACGUAAGCAAAAAGUUCGCAGCGAAGGAAGCGAUCCUGAAAUCCAUGGGGCGCGGUUUAAGUUCCAUUUCCAAGUACGGUAUAAGCAUGAACGACAUAGAAGUAAGAAAGGACAAGUAUGGAAAGCCCCUCGUUUUUUUGUAUGAUCAGGCAAGGAAAAUAGCAAACGAAAUGGGAAUAGUAAAUAUAUUUUUAUCUCUAAGUGAUGAAAGGAUAACUUGCCCAAAUCAUAAUGUUAAAAAGGAUGAGGCCACGACGUGCAACUUUUGCACAUACCUGAUCCAUGCACAGGCGCUAGCGGUUGGAUCAAACGUGUGA